AUGGGCAGUAACUCAGAGGAAGAAGAGGAGUCUCAAAAUAACCUGCAGAGCCAGCUGUCACAGCGGCCGGGGGGAGAGAAACCUACCUGCUGGGGGCUGGACUGGGAAAAUCAGGAGGGCUGGGGUCUGUCCCAGUGCCCUUCUUCACCAAGUCUUGACUUCCGUCCCUUUCCCAGCUCGUAUCCGUCUCGCCUAGCGAGACCGCGGGUGCUUUGCAGCCAGGAUGGUCUUUCCACCUGCCUUCAGGGACGCAGCACAGCGGGGCCUUGCUCUCACCGCGGCAUCGGACAGGGCGAGAUCCUUUUUGCCAGGUUGCACAAAGCACGAUCGCUGUCUCAGUCCGACAGACCGCCCCCCACUCCCCACGGAUGUCGAACCACGCUCGCGUCUCACCAGGUCGCGGGCCUGGGUCGUGACUCUUCUCUCGGUAGCAGGCACGGGGCAGUCAAGAAUGAAGAUGCCUCCAAGGCGUCGCAGUUUCACUUCGACCUGUGGUUCUACUUCACACUGCAGAACUGGGUGCUGGACUUCGGCCGCCCCAUCGCGAUGAUUAUUCUGCCGUUAGAGUGGUUCCCAUUAAACAAGCCCAGCGCUGGAGAUUAUUUCCACAUGGCUUACAACGUUAUCACACCGUUCCUGCUCCUGAAGCUCAUCGAAAGAUCCCCCAAGACCUUACCGAGAUCCAUGGUGUACGUCAGCAUCAUCGUGUUCGUCAUGGGCGCCAGCAUCCACUUGGUCGGAGACUCCGUCAACCACCGCUUGAUUUUCAGCGGCUACCAGCACCAUCUCUCCGUCAGGGAGAAUCCCAUCAUCAAGAACCUGAAGCCGGAGACUCUGAUCGACUCUUUCGAGCUGCUGUAUUACUACGACGAGUAUCUGGGUCACUCGAUGUGGUACAUCCCUUUCUUCCUGAUCCUGUUCAUCUACUUCACCGGCUGCUUCACCCGCGUGCAGGAGGAGAGCAGGAUGCCCCUGGCCGCCCUGCUGCUCGUGGGGCCCAGCAGCCUCUACUACUGGUACCUGGUGACGGAAGGACAGAUUUUCAUCCUCUACAUCUUUACUUUCUUCGCCAUGAUGGCCCUCGUGAUGCACCAGAAGCGCAAGGGGCUCGUCCUGGACAGCAACGGCCUCUUCCUCUUCUACUCCUUCAUCGUCACCCUGGUCUUCAUCGCCGCCUGGGUGGGCUGGCUGUGGAACGACAGGAUCCUCAGGAAGAAGUAUCCCGGCGUCAUCUACAUCCCCGAGCCCUGGGCCUUUUACACCCUGCAUGUGAGCAGUCUGCACGCGCCCAAGGAAGGGCCUUAGUGCCCCGCCGGCUUGGCCAUGGUUUGGGGGAAGGAGGGGGGGGGAAAGCCUAGUUUUCUAACGUCAUUGCAUUUCCAAUAAACUCCUGACACCAGC